GGAAGAGGCGGAGCUUCGCGCAGCACUGGGGUCGCCAUCCUGGCUGCGGCGGCCGGAAGUGGCCCCUCGCGCGGGCGCGGACUGAGGCUGCGCGCCGCAAGUCCCGGCUGCUGGCGGGGUUGCGGGCGCAGUUUCGACUCCCGUGAGGUGCCGCCCAGCAGCCGCCGAGCUCCCUGUGCCAUCGCUCCUGGUCCUCCCGCCGCCCCAGCCGCUGUCCAACCCCUCCCCUGGCGCCUGCGCGGCGGCUCGCACACCCCUCGGCCCUUGUAAGCGCUCUGCACCUGCCUGCGCGGAAACAUGUUGCAGACACCAGAGAGCAGGGGGCUCCCGCUCCCGCAGGCCGAGGGGGAGAAGGAUGGCGGCCAUGAUGGUGAGACCCCGGCCCCGGCCGCCUCGCAGGAGCGCCCCACGGAGGUUCCUGGCGCCGGGAGGGAGGAAGGGGCUGCGGAGCCCGCCCUCACCCUGAAAGGCGCAAGGGCCUUGGCGGCCAAAGCCUUGGCACGGCGCAGGGCCUACCGCCGUCUGAACCGGACGGUGGCGGAGUUGGUGCAGUUCCUCCUGGUGAAAGACAAGAAGAAGAGUCCCAUCACACGCUCGGAGAUGGUGAAAUACGUUAUUGGAGACUUGAAGGCUCUAUUCCCGGACAUCGUCGCGAGAGCCGCAGAGCAUCUGCGGUAUGUCUUUGGUUUUGAGCUGAAACUGUUGGACCGCAAACACCACAGUUACAUCCUGAUCAACAAACUAAAGCCUCUUGAGGAGGAGGAAGAUCUGGGAGGAGAUGGCCCCAGAUUGGGCCUCUUAAUGAUGAUCCUGGGCCUUAUCUAUAUGAAAGGUAAUAGUGCCAGGGAGGCCCAGGUCUGGGAGAUGCUGCGUCGGUUGGGGGUGCAUCCCUCAAAGAAUCAUUUCCUCUUUGGGUAUCCGAAGAGGCUUAUUAUGGAAGAUUUUGUCCAGCAGCGUUACCUCAGUUACAGGCGGGUGCCUCACACCAAUCCACUGCAAUAUGAAUUCUCUUGGGGUCCCCGAAGCAACCUGGAAAUCAGCAAGAUGAAAGUCCUGGGGUUCGUGGCCAAGCUGCAUAAGAAGGAACCCCAGCACUGGCCAGUGCAGUACCGUGAGGCCCUGGCAGACGAGGCCGAUAGGGCCAGAGCCAAGGCCAGAGCUGAAGCCAGUAUGAGGGCCAGGGCCGGUGCUAGGCCCGGCAUCCACUUCUGGUGAGGGUUGGUGAAAAGGUGGCCAGUGGGGUCCCUGUGGGAAUGAGCUACUGUCCUGAGUCAUAAGUAGGGUCUUAUUUCUGUAGAAAUCGUGUGACUUUAAGGAUUUAGAUUUUAUAUCUUGUUAUGUUUUGUUACAUUUAAUACACUGUUAAAAUGCUGUUUGUCAGUGGGAUUGGUUUGCUGUUUCCUGUGGGAUUUUGUUGUAGAGUUUUGCUGGUUUUGUAAGAUGGAUUGAACUUUGUAUUUAUACUGUGACUUUGAACAGAUGACGCAGCACUGGAAGUACUUAGAUGGUUUGAAGGAACUCUGUAGCAUGAUCUGGUACCAGGGGAAAAUAACUGGCGUCUAGCCUCCCAACACUUGUCUGUUGUAUAUAAAAGAAAAAGGACUGACACGUACCUCUGUUUGCUUAGCUAUUUGAGUAUCUAGAGAAACAUUAAAAUGUAAUGUAUUAGCAGUAUAUACUGGUACACUUAAUAAAUUAAACAUUUGUGGAGCA